AUGGCGCUCCGACGCCGUUCAUGCCUCCUCCCACUGGCCCUGCUGCUCCUCGUCUCCAGCUGCCUCGCCGGCGCCGCCACCGCCACCGGUAAGACCGGCCAGCUCACCGUCUUCUGGGGCCGCAACAAGAACGAGGGCACGCUCAAGGAGACCUGCGACACCGGCCUCUACACCUCCGUCGUCAUCUCCUUCUACAGCGUCUUCGGCCACGGCCGCUACUGGGGCGACCUCUCCGGCCACGACCUCCGCGGCAUCGGCGCCGACAUCAAGCACUGCCAGUCCAAGCACAUCCCCGUCUUCCUCUCCAUCGGCGGCGGCGGCAAGGACUACUCGCUGCCCUCGUCCCAGUCCGCGGCCGACGUCGCCGACAACAUCUGGAACGCCCACAUGGACGGCCGCCGCCAGGGCGUGUUCCGCCCCUUUGGCGACGCCGCCGUCGACGGCAUCGAUUUCUUCAUCGACCAGGGCGCGCCAGACCACUACGACGAGCUCGCCCGCAAGCUCUACAGCUACAACAAGAUGUACCGCGGCAGGACGCCGGUGAGGCUGACGGCGACGCCGCGGUGCGCGUACCCGGACCGGCGCGUGGAGCGGGCGCUGCAGACGGGGCUGUUCGAGCGCAUCCACGUCCGCUUCUACGACGACGCCAAGUGCUCCUACAACCACGGCGGCCUCGCCGGCGUCAUGGAGCAGUGGAACAAGUGGACGGCCAAGUACCCCAACAGCCACAUCUACCUGGGCCUCGCCGCCGCCAACGUGCCGGGGAAGAACGACAACGUCUUCGUCAAGCAGCUCUACUACGACCUGCUUCCCAACGUGCAGAAGGCGCGCAACUAUGGCGGCGUCAUGCUCUGGGACAGGUUCUACGACAAGCACUCCGGCUACGGCAAAACCGUCAAGUACUGGGCUUAAUUAAUCACUACUUAGCCUACUUCAACUAACUAGAAAUUAAUCAUAUAAUAAAUGCAUAUGUUUGAGAAUACCAAUGUUUGUGUCGUGUUUUUAUGUACUGUACGAGAAUAAAACGAGAUCGAUCCAUGUGUGUAUUGAGAUCUCGAUGAUGGAUCGAGUUGUUUGUUGGUUGGUUAUCAAUCGAAUAAGUGUA